CAGCUGUCACAGUCAAUGGGAAGGUGGUGACAUAGCAAAACCAAAAUAGAAAGGCAGCAAUGAAUGUCGCAAACUCUUAGCCUUCAUAUGUAAAUACUCUUCAUAAAGGCCUCUGGAAGGAUUUUGAUAAGACAAAAUACAAAAAAGCAUUGCUAUGUGGAUACUUGGUAGCAAUGACUGAUGUGGAAUCUACGUAUGCAGAUUUCAUAGCCUCUGGAAGAACAGGAAGAAGAAAUGCUCUGCAUGAUAUACUUGUCUCAUCUGCAAGUGGAAACCCAAGCGAAUUGGCUCUGAAGUUAUCAGAGCUUGACCUAAACAAGUCUGCGGGAGAUGAAAAUGAUCAGACAAAACCCAGUGAUCAGAAUACAGAAGAUCAGAACCAGGAACCAAAGCAGGAAAACUAACACUGUUGCCUAAUACGUUAAGAAUUCUUUCUAAAGGUUAUAAACCUAAAAGCAAUAUUACACUCUGUAGCACUGAAAUGAAUAAUUACAUUAUGGAUGUGAAAAACUAUUUGAACGUAUCAAAAACAUUACAAGCAACGGACAUACAUAAAAGAUUGUUUCUUAAUUUUCGAAUUAGUAAUGGCUGAAUUUUUUUUUAGAAAACCACAUUUUAUCACAUGAAAAUUAAGUGAAAUUCCACUGGGAAGCCACGGAUUCUCUUUUAGCGAGUGCAGUUUGCUUUUCUUUUUUUUUUUUUUUUUUUUUUUAUAAACACUCAAAGGAUUCAAUUAAGUGCAGUUUCAAAGGCUUCCAUGAUUUAUACAGUUCAAAUAAUCACUCUGGCAAAAGAUUUGCAUACUGAAAUAUGAAAUAGCGAAGCGAAAAUGUUAAGAAAAAAAUCAAGAAUCAAAUUUGUGUUUUAGCAAUCUCUGAUGUUUACGAAUGGUUGUAAAGUACGGUUAAAUCUUCUCCACUGCCCUUGUGAGAAACAUGCCAUGCGUACUGGUUAACAAUUUGUAGAAGGGCUGGUUUUUGUAUCGCUUCCGUCAAACAC